GGAAUAUAAUGUUAGUUGAAGAGUUGAGGUGGAAAUGCACGAGUGCUGAGAGUUUGAGGUUCCGUCCAAAGUGGCUUGUCAUUCGUUUAUUGGCACUCAAUGUUUAGGGUGGUGGUUCAGGUCUUGGAAAUUAGAGGCAUGGCAUACAAAGUGGACCAUGAAUACGAUUAUCUCUUCAAGAUCGUACUCAUUGGUGACUCAGGUGUUGGUAAAUCCAACAUCCUCUCCAGGUUCACCCGCAACGAGUUCUGCUUGGAGUCCAAGUCCACCAUUGGGGUUGAAUUCGCUACCAGAACAUUGCAGGUGGAAGGGAAGACAGUGAAGGCACAAAUAUGGGACACAGCAGGACAAGAGAGGUACAGAGCGAUCACAAGUGCAUACUAUAGAGGUGCAGUUGGUGCAUUGUUGGUGUAUGACAUAACAAAGAGGCAAACAUUCGACAAUGUGCAGAGGUGGCUAAGGGAGCUGAGGGACCAUGCUGACUCCAACAUCGUUAUCAUGAUGGCCGGAAACAAGAACGACCUCAACCAUCUCAGGGCAGUCUCCUCUGAAGAUGCUCAGAACUUAGCUGAGCAGGAAGGCCUUGCCUUCCUCGAGACAUCCGCCCUCGAGGCCUUCAACGUGGACAAGGCCUUCCAGACCAUCUUGUUUGAUAUUUAUCACAUUAUCAGCAAGAAGGCCUUGGCUGCACAGCAAGCAGCUUCUUCUACCAUUCCUCAGGGCACUUCCAUUAAUGUUUCUGCUAACAUGCCCGCUAAUGCCCAAAACAAAUCAACGUGUUGCUCCAAUUAACAUUCAUUCCAAGCAUGCUUUCUUGCUUUUCUU